AUGAGCUGGAAGACUACGAAUUUCAUUGGCAACCGGAAAUGGCACUGUGAUAUGGCCUCCUUCCCUACGGAGAUAUGCGAAAUGGGCGAGUACGUCCUAGUAAUUUAG